AGGCUUGUUUUGGUCAGAGCCACAGAUAAAGGUUUCAUCCAGCCCAGCCAGUCAUCAUAUCCAGAGCUUGUUUCGACAUAGUGAUCAGCUGUUCUGUUUCUUCCUAAGUCACUCUCACCUAAAAGAUGGAACCGCUGGACUGGAAACGCAUUUUUCAGGAAGAAGCAAAAACUCUUCAUCAUGCGCACACUUGGCAGUUGCUGUUUGAUGACACUAUUACGCCUGAUCUACCAAAUCCAGGUUGGCAGAAGUACAUCAGGAACACAAGUGCAAGGUUCAGAUGCACCUUGUGUGGGAGAACCUGGCCCUCCAACCGCGUGAUGGUGACCUUCCACAUGCAGCUGAUUUCCAAUAUGGGAUUUGUGAAGGUCAGGCCACUACGUCAGAACUGCAAAAGGUGCAAAAACGCUCCUAUGGUGAAACCAAGCGUCGAGUUCGACAACAUCAAAAUUCUCAUGGAGAAUCUGAUCGAAAAAAUUAAAAUAAAAUGCUACAAUGAAAAAAGGGAUUCGUCACACAAGCCUUUCAGAAGCCAAGAGGUUAAAAGUCCCCAUGAGCCUGAUCACUGUGAGGGCUGCAAACUGGGGAUCUGCACAAAAGUAUAAGGUGUGGUCACAUGACAAGAUUAUUAUGAUACGAAGGAAGCAAAUAAAGAACUAAUUAUCUGCAUGUGUGUGUAACUAUAGAAUAUCUGAAGCUAAUAUAUAUGGUAUUUGUGAGAUGAAUAAUUUACUGUGUGCCAAAUAAUCGAAUUGAAGUGUAAUGUGUUAACCUUGUGCAAAAGUGAGGACCACUCUGCUUGUCUUUAAGGUCUACCACUUUUGACAAAUGUACAACAUGGAAAAGAAAAAUAAACUUCUUGUGUUGUGAA